AUGAACAGAAAAGACAGCAAGAGGAAGUCCCACCAGGAAUGCCCAGGAAAGACAGGAGGGCGGGGCCGGCUCCGCCAGGCCCGCCGCCACAAGACGUGCCCCAGCCCCCGGGAAAUCAGCAAGGUCAUGGCUUCCAUGGCUCUGGACAUACUGAAAGAGGGCAGCUGCAGUGAAGAUGAGCUUCUGGAGAAAUGCAUUCAGUCCUUUGACUCUGCUGGCAGCCUGCGCCGCGGGGACCACAUUCUCAACAUGGUACUGGCCAUGCACAGCUGGGUGCUGCCUUCUGCCCACCUUGCUGCCCGUCUUCUGACCAAGUACCAGGAGGCCACAGGGAACACGCAGGACCUGAGGCGGCUGCAGAUCUGUCACCUGGUCAGGUACUGGCUGACCCGACACCCUGAGACAGUGCACCAGGAGCCCCAGUUAGAAGAGGCUAUAGGUCGCUUCUGGGCCACUGUGGAGCAGGAAGGCAACUCAGCCCAGAGGAGCCUGGGAGACUCCUCUAACCUCCUGAGCCCUGGUGGCCCUGGCCCCCCGCCCUGCAUGAGCAGCCCAGGCCUGGGCAAGAAGUGCAAAGUGUCCUUGCUUUUCGACCACCUGGAGGCAGGGGAGCUGGCUCAGCACCUUACUUACCUGGAGUUCCGGUCCUUUCAGUCUAUCACGCCCCAGGACCUGCGAGACUACGUUUUACAGGGCUCUGUGCGGGCCUCCUCGGCCCUAGAGGGAUCCGUAGGUCUCAGCAACAGCGUGUCCCGCUGGGUGCAGGUCAUGGUGCUGAGCCGUCCGGGACCCACACAGCGCGCACAGGUGCUGGACAAGUUCAUCCGUGUGGCACAGAAACUCCACCAGCUGCAGAAUUUCAACACACUGAUGGCGGUCACUGGGGGCCUGUGUCACAGUGCCAUCUCCAGGCUCAAGGACUCCCAUGCCCACCUGAGCCCUGACAGCACCAAGGCCCUGCUGGAGCUGACUGAGCUGCUCUCUGCCCACAACAACUAUGCCUGUUAUCGCCGCACCUGGGCUGGCUGCACAGGCUUCCGGCUGCCUGUGCUGGGUGUGCAUCUCAAGGACCUGGUGUCCCUGCAUGAGGCACAACCCAGUAGGUUGCCUGAUGACCGCCUGCACCUUCCCAAGCUCAACAGCCUCUAUCUGAGGCUGCAGGAGCUGGCAUUGCUCCAGAAGCAGCAGCCCCCCUGCAGUGCCAAUGAGGACCUGCUGCAUCUGCUCACACUUUCCUUGGAUCUCUUCUACACUGAGGACGAGAUCUAUGAGCUUUCUUACGCCCGGGAGCCUCGCUGUCCCAAGAAUCUGCCACCCUCCCCCUUCAAAGCACCCCUGGUGGUGGAAUGGGCCCCUGGUGUGACACCCAAGCCCGACAGGGCCACCCUGGGUCGGCAUGUGGAGCAGCUGGUGGAGUCCGUGUUCAAGAAUUAUGACCCUGAAGGCCGGGGAACCAUCUCUCUUGAGGACUUUGAGCGACUCUCAGGCAACUUCCCCUUCGCCUGCCAUGGGCUUCACCCACCCCCGCGCCAGAAGAGUGGCUCCUUCAGCAGAGAGGAGCUAACGGGAUACCUGCUCCGGGCCAGUGCCAUCUGCUCCAAGCUGGGCCUGGCCUUCUUGCACACCUUCCACGAGGUCACCUUCCGCAAGCCCACCUUCUGUCACAGCUGCAGUGGUUUCCUCUGGGGUGUCACCAAGCAAGGCUACCGCUGUCGAGACUGUGGGCUGUGUUGCCACAAACACUGCAGAGACCGGGUGAAGGAGGAGUGUAAGAGACCAGGGGUCAAAGGCGAUAUGAGCCCCCCAGGAGCCCCCGUCCCACCCAGACCAAUACCUCAUGCCAGCUGUGGCUCUGAGGACAGUCUUUCCUACACACACUCCCUGGAACCUGAGAUGAGGUGCCACCUUCACCAUGCUUGGACCCAGACAGAGCUCCCACACCCUUCCUGGGAACCACAGACGGUGAGGAGGGACUCCCCCCUAUCCCCAGCUGGAUACAGGGGAGACCAACUCAUUUGCCUGGAGAACCCAAACAGAUUUGGGGAAGCAUGGGAAAAAAGGUGCCAAAGUCCUUAAGUACUUGAGUA